GGGAGGAGGCUCGGCGCCAGCGAGAGGGAGGAGGGAGAGCGCGCAGUCCCAGCCCAGAGCUUCAAAACAGCCCGGCGGCCUCGCCUCGCGCCCCAGCCCGUCGGUCGGUCCAGCCGCCCGCGUCCGCACGUCUCCUCUGGGCUUUAAACACUGCUCUGUGCCUCUCGGUGCCCCGUGAAAAUGUUGGUGCUUCUGGCCUUCAUUAUCAUCUUCCACAUCACGUCCGCGGCCUUGCUCUUUGUCGCCACCAUCGACAAUGCCUGGUGGGUAGGAGAGGAGUUUUUUGCAGACAUCUGGAGAGUGUGUGUCAACAAUACUAACUGUACGGAACUCAAUGAUGCUGUUCAAGACUUCUCCACGGUGCAGGCGGUCCAGGCCACCAUGAUCCUGUCCACCAUCCUCUGCUGCAUUGCCUUUCUGAUCUUCGUGCUCCAACUCUUCCGCCUCAAGCAGGGAGAGAGAUUUGUUUUAACCUCCAUCAUCCAGCUCAUGGCUUGCCUGUGUGUCAUGAUCGCAGCUUCCAUUUACACAGACCGGCGCAAAGACAUUCACGAGAAGAACCAAGGACUGUAUGCCCAGACCUCGGGUGGCAGCUUCGGCUACUCCUUCAUCCUGGCCUGGGUGGCCUUUGCAUUUACCUUCAUCAGCGGCCUCAUGUAUCUGAUACUGAGGAAGCGCAAAUAGAGCCAGGAGCUGGGUGGCUUUCGCUGCGGUUCAGAAUCCACGUAACCAUUUUGUAUAUAAUCAGUUUUUUUGUGUGUGUGGUUUUUCGAGCAAACACAUUGUUUCCUUUAAAAGCCAAAAGAAGAGUUUUUAUGUUCUUGAGAUCAGAGAAUAGACUGUGAAGGCUGGAAUUCAGAACUCCUGCCCAUCCGAAAGCCUCAACACGGCAAAGCCAAAAUUCUUGCAAACCUCAAAUCCAAAAGUGUUCAGCAGGAUAACCACGGGGAUGUAAUGGGAUGGACAAGACGCCGAGAAAGCCAGGUCUUGGGGGCAUCUUCCCCUAGGUUUGGGCUACACUGAACCCCACUCCCUCACCUCAGCUUCCUGUACUGAAUCUCUGUGUAUUUAGUGGUGGAAGUUGGGGGGGUGUGGGUAUGGGUACAGGAGAAAACCUCCUUGGAUGCUUAGCCAAGUUCCACAUGAGAAGCAGGUAUAGGCCUCCCAGUGUGCUGUCUACAUCCAGACCAGAGCCCCAACCCUCCUGUCAUGGACUGGCUUCAGAAAGUGCUACCCACGUUUGCUGACAGUGUCACCUGCUUGCCUUCAGGAAGGUGAGCUUUAAUCUGAGGGUCUGAUUUAGGCUCACACGUGAUCCCCCAGGUACCUUGUAAAAUGCAGGCUCUCUGGGUCCCUUCUUAGACCUACAGAAUCAGAGUUUUGGGGGAUGGGGCCCAGGAACCUGCAUUUGUAACAAGCUCCUUGGUGAUGCUCAGGUGCCUUAAAAUUGAGGACCACGGUGGUCCCAGGGCUGGGUGAGCAGAACUGCCUCAUACAUGUUAAAGAUCUCAUCGUGUGGAGAUGGGGAGGUGGGUCUAGACUGCACUGAAAGCCCAAACCUUGGCCUCCAUCAAUGGCUCAUUCUUCACUGCCUCUUCCACAGCUGCUCACAUCUGGACCACCCAAAGUCCAGUCCCAGGGCUUGCAUCCUGAUAGCCAAACACCCUGGGGUGAGGGGUGGGGAGGGGAGGAUACAGCUUCCUCCCUACCCUAACUCAGAAGGCCUCUCCCUUCUCCUGCCCUGCCUAAGGCUGCCUGACUUCUACUAAGCCCCACUUCUGGAGCCAUAGAGGGGCGUUCGCCAUUCAUUCAUCUGUCCACAUAAGUGAUGGAGUGUUUGUGCCAGGCACAGGGGAAACCGUGUCCAGACAGCCUGUCUCCUCGUGGGGCUCACUGUCUAAUGGAGGAGACAGAUUAAAAAACCGAUUAGGGAAACGAAUUACAAACAGCGGUGAAGGCUGCCGAGGACACAACCAAGGAUUCAGAAGAGAGGUUCCAUGGGAUGGGAGGGGACCCGCACUGUGCCUGCCUGCAUUUUAAAAGCUCCCGGAGGAUUUAAAUCAGCCUGAAUAUUGCUCUGCUCAGCCGAGGCAGGUGGCGCGGAUGGAACGGGGCAGUCCACCUGGCACCCGGAGAACGCUUCCUUCCCUGGAGGGGCUCAGGGUCCCGACAGAGAAUGAAGUCCCCCCCGGGAGGGCCCCAGAUUGCUGUGGUUCUCACAGUGCAUGUGCCUCUCGUGGGACGCUGCCUGCCAGGAUCCCGGGUAAAUGCGGCCGGGGACUCCGAGUCCUUAGGGUUCUGAGAGGAUCAGGCAGCACGGGGACCCCAGGACGUGACUGUGGGAGAAGCCCUUUGCCCCUCACUGCCGUCUCCCUUCCGUGUUGUGAGCCUGCUGCUGGAGGUGUGCCUGGGAGCCGUCUGCGCAUGUCAGCCCUGGUGCCAUGUAAUUGACCUCCUGCUAAAUGAAGCAUCAGCCCACUUCCUGUGGAGCUGGGGUAAUGUCUGGUUUAAGUCAUCCAGGGUCUCCAUGGAUACCUCUUUCAUGCAGGAUCAGGUUUUCUCUCCCUCUACCUGUUCACUCCAUUCAGUUUCAGCAGAAUACUAAAUGCUGUGUUCCAAGCACCGUGCAAGGUUCUGAAAACAGGCCAGUCCAGACAUCCUGCCUGAAACAGGGCCCCCCUCCCUGCAGAGAGGCCACCAGGACAGUGCAGGGAGGCAUGGGGCCAGAGGCAGGACAAAUGAUCACUUCCUGCCUCAGAGGAAAACUCUCAUUAGUCCUGUUUGGGGUAGGAAUGCAGGUUACACCCUUGGGCUUGGCGGGAUGCUAGACACCUUGUGGAGGAAGGUAGGUUUAAGUGCCCUCAAGCUUUCUGCUCGGGUGGCUUGUCUGUAACUCUCUGAUAGCCAAACAGUGGAAACACGCAGAACCCCUUAGAAUCAGAAAUCAGAAAGCUUCAUCCCCAAGCAAUGAAUGAAUUUCGUUUUCCAAAAGGCUCCAGGAGUGGUAUCUGAAAUGACCCAUGGAUUUUCCUGGCCGGUCUCUCCACUAUUCUUGUAUAGCAUUCAGUGCCCACAUCCGUCUGUGAUGCCAAGGUUUUGUGAAGCAACAGAGCUUCCUUUCCCCUCACGACACGAUGUGCCCUGGAGAGGUAGAAAAGUGGUGAUGGCGUGAGCAAGACCGUGCCCAGCCUUCUUACCCAUCGGUAGGUUCAGCCCUCACUUGGUGCUCACGAUCAGUUACCCAAGGACAGCAGAGACAAUGAGCUAAGACAUCCGAGAGGCAAAUAUUAGGACCAAAUGUAUUACUGAUGACGACUGCCUUUGAGGGAACUGUAGUUUGCAUAUUUUAGGACAUUUUUAUAAAGUACUGUAAUUCUUUCAUUGAGGGGCUAUGAAUGAAGACAGACUAACUCAUUUUUAUUACUCGCAUUAAAAUUACUUUGGGUCUCUCUUCAAAUAAGUUUGGAGAAUGCUUGAUUUGUUGCUCUGCGUGAAUGUAUAUACUCAUAUGUGAAUACAGGAAAAUUGGAGACAUUUUCCCCCGCCCUGCCCCACGUUCUCUGCCAUGGGUUGUGUGUCUCUGCGCAUCCCUAAUCAAGAGGAUGAAGCCCUAGGAUGCUCUGUAUUCGCUGGUGAUGAAGAAACCUAACCCCACAAGCCUGUAUGUAAGCACACUAAACGCGGUAGCUUGAAUAGAUGCUGUAGCCUCAUUUAAAAUCUGCCUGGAUGGGAAUUACUAAACUCGCUAAUAGUUGAAAGAUUACUUACAAUACAGCAAGUUGGACAGUUUUGUAUAUUGGGGUGGGUGGUGCAGUGGUGAUGGGGAGAUGCUAGGGAAAGGUGUUGAGGUUAAGUUUGAAUCUUGACUUGGGGACAAAUGUGAUUUUAAGAGUAGUUAGAGACUUUCUACUUAAUGUGCCUUUAAAGUAGUCCAUUUUCUAUGUUUUGUAUAAUCUGAAACUGUACAUGGAAAAAUAAAGUUUAAAACCAAA